AGGCAAGCCGGGGAGUGUGCCUGACUUUUAUGCCUUCCCUGCGUGAUUCACCGCUUAAACGGGCAAGGGAGUCUGAAUGGACGCCGACUUCGAUCUCGACAGAUACUGAGAUCAUCGCGGAACCAUCGAAACCACGCCCUUUCCGUGGCAUUUUUUAUUCCGUCAGGACUUUCGUCUGCUUCUUUUCCUCGUCUUCUUACCUGAACUCUCCGUUUCGCUUUCCCUUCUUCUCAACGAGAACCGACCUCAUUGAUGUCCCUAUUCCGUCUGUAGACCGACGGAGCGGAUCUCCCUGCUUCUCUCAACCCACAUUCGCCCGAGCUCUCUUGCAGAACCGGUGGAUCCACGAUGACACAAGACUGGGAGAAGGUCCUGCGGGAGGACAUUUGGGAUGAUGCGGCCCCCCAAGCACCGCAGCCAACUUCCAGCAAGUGGAGGUCAGGCACCUUCGACCGCGCGAGACGUUUCUUCCAAAAAACCGAGAACGGCAUAUUCCAACCUCGAAGAUCGAAUGACGAUGGUGACUUAAUGACGUUCGAAUCCGUCCCUCGAGACAACCCGUCCGAUAUGAAUAUCGCGGAGCGAAGUGACAGCGCAUGCACGAUCUCGGGCUCGUGGUUUGUUGUAUCGCGCAGCAUACAUGACACUGUGUAUGAGCUGCCAGAUUCCGGAGGAACAUCCACACCGCGUUCGCCUUCUUGCUUUUCCCGCAUCAUUGGUGCCUUCAAGGGCAGCUCGAAAACAACGCCCGACGUCGGCUUUGCUCGAUCGGAGGGGAAUGAUAGUCGUGAGGAGUAUUAUGCCGAUGGCCUUAGUGCCAAGCCUAAUACAGAUCCCACCACGGAAAGCUCCAUUUCAAGCCAAGGGUCUUGUGAUAGCAACCCCGAAGAGUAUACAAGAGAGGCCUUUGUUGUCGACGACCCGAACACAAAGAAGUUCUUCAUCAUUGCGUUCGACACACAGGCUUACACAAACCUGAUAAGAACGGACAUCUGUGAGCGGAUGGGAUUGCAUACUGAACCUCACCACGAAGUCAUCAAUCCCCUGCAAUCAAUGUCGGGACAAAAAGGCCCAAUUGUCGUCAACUCCAUUGCCCGAAACGUGCCCUGGCAUUUUGCCUGCGGUGACAAGACAUACACCACUGACUUUUUAGUGGUUGAUAUGGAAGCAUUUGAUGCCAUCAUCGGCAUCCGGUCCAUCAACAAACACAAAUUUCUGAAGCUCGGCAACAUUCCCAAGAGGAAUAGUACGUUCCGAAUGUAGGGGAAAGUUGCUCCUUACCACGUCAGUAAGUCAACUCCUUAUCUCGCCUUGUGGCUGCUCUUCGCCACCCUUCUUUUUCACUGUCUUUAUCUUUGUUUGAUCUUAUGCAUUCAUACCUAAGUUGAACUGCAUUUCGAACGGGUCAAACCAGAAAUCUUUCACGUUAUUAAUGCCUCGGGAGGCUGUCUGCAUUUACAUGGGCGUUGGGUUAUUGUAUUCUUUUUUUUUUUUUUUUCAGAGUGGUUGCCUGUGAC